AGCCCAACAUGGAACAGAGACUUUAGGGUUGGAACUUGGAAUAUCGACUCCGACCGAUAUUCUCCAGAUCGAAGUAAACUUCAGUAAAAAAGCCUCUCUCUCUCUCUCUCUCUUCUGCCAAUCGAAGAUCUCUCGUUGACGUCGUAGUUUGUACAGGCAAAAGAAUGAGAAGGUACAGUCCACAGUACUAUAGUCCUCCAAGGAGAGAUUAUGGUGGUCGAGGAAGAAGCCCACCAAGAAGGGGUUAUGGUGGAGGCGGUGGAUAUGGAGGAAGACGCAAGGAACAGAAUCAUGGAAGCCUUUUGGUUCGCAAUAUCCCUCUUGAUUGCAGACCAGAAGAAUUACGAGUUCCAUUUGAGAGAUUUGGAGUUGUUAGGGACGUCUAUAUCCCAAAGGACUAUUACACAGGGGAACCUCGAGGGUUUGCAUUUGUGCAGUUUGUGGAUUCGUAUGAAGCAUCAGAGGCUCAGUACCAUAUGAAUGGGAAAACCUUUGCUGGAAGGGAGAUAUCAGUGGUUGUUGCUGCAGAGAGUAGGAAAAGGCCAGAGGAAAUGCGUCAAAGGACCAGGCCUAGAUGGCCAGGACCAAGCUAUAGGGAACGGCGUUCAUCUUAUUAUGGACGUUCUCGAUCUCGAUCUAUAUCCCGUUCAUGCUCUCCCCGCCAUCCCUCAGGUUCUAGAAGCCGAUACCACUCACGGUCCCGCUCUCCUGCUCCAAAGCGGCGUGCUGACUACUCUGUUUCCCCAAAUAGAAGGCAUGCAGACCAUCCAAGAUCUCCAAGGGGUCUUCCACGAGAGCAAGAUGGCGAUCGUAGUCGUAGGUCAUAUUCUCCGGGUUUUGAAAAUGGUGCUGAGCAAAAUCCAAACAAUGAUGGGAAAUCUGCAUACGAGACUGAGGAUGCGGAAGGACAUUGGAGGUCACCUCGUAGAACAUCAAUAUCACCACCUGGAUCCAGGCGUAGCCGGUGACCGGGGGGACAAGAAGGCUGCAGAAACUUCACUCGGUGGUUAAUGUUGGCUGGAUUAGCAUCACUCUUUUAGGUUGCAACAUUGUGUUCAGUCCAUUCAAAAAGGGGGGUGGAGCACUGUGUUUAGUGAUAUGCAUGCAUCUUGAAGAUUGUUGAGCAUUCGCUUUUAGACCCAGUGCAAUUAUGUGGAUUCGUGGAAGAAGUCAGAUAUAUAUAUAUUCGUUUUUUGAGGAAUUUGAUAAGUUCUUUUGUUCUGUUUGAUGUUUUGUUCGUUGUCUUAAUCUUGAUCUUAACAAUAUAUAAAAGCGCCAACCGGCGCGUAGGUUUUGUUCCUACCGGGAUGAAAUGUUUCGUGUCAGUGGGUCGGGUUGGGACUAAACAUUUCAACCAUGUUUCUUUGGGGAUGAAA